CGACGCCGGACGCGCCAGUGAGGGUGGCGGGUACCUGCUGGCUAGCGACGUGGCGGCUUGGAUCCCGGCUGAGUCGAGGCCAUGUCGGACCUGGGCUCCGAGGAGCUGGAGGAGGAGGGAGAGAACGCCAUUGGGGAAUAUGAAGGGGAUCGGAAUGAGGCAGGUGAACGGCAUGGACACGGGAAGGCGAGACUGCCCAAUGGUGACACCUAUGAGGGGAACUAUGAAUUUGGUAAAAGACAUGGCCAGGGGAUCUACAAAUUUAAAAAUGGUGCCCGAUACAUGGGAGAAUAUAUCAAAAAUAAAAAGCAUGGUCAAGGCACGUUUAUAUAUCCUGAUGGGUCCAGAUACGAAGGGGAGUGGGCGGACGACCAGAGGCACGGCCAUGGCGUGUACUACUACGUGAAUAACGACACCUACACCGGGCACUGGUUCGCUCACCAAAGGCACGGGCAAGGCACCUACUUCUACGCAGACACGGGCAGUAAGUACGUCGGCACCUGGGUGAAUGGACAGCAGGAGGGCGCGGCCGAGCUGGUUCACCUGAACCACAGGUACCAGGGCAAGUUCAUGAACAAAAACCCUGUCGGCCCCGGAAAGUACGUGUUUGACAUCGGCUGUGAGCAGCAUGGCGAGUAUCGUCUGACAGACACGGAAAGAGGAGAAGAGGAGGAAGAAGAGGAGACAUUAAUAACUAUUGUCCCAAAGUGGAAAGCUACCAAAAUCACAGACUUGGCCCUGUGGACACCGACCCUCGCUGAGGAGCAGCCCCCCACUGAGGGGCCGGGCCAGGAAGAGGUGGUCGGAAUUGAAGGCCGGGGAGAAUCAGAGGAGGAAGCCCAGGAUAUGCCCGAGGGUUAUGAGGGUGAGAUGGAGAUGUUGAGGCCGUUAGGCGAGGACCAAGACAUCUACCCGGAGGAGGCCGGGGAGUACGGCUACGACCUGGACCAGGGAAACGUGAGCUUUGAAGAAGAAGAAGGCAGACAAUCAGAUCUGCAGGACUGAGAUCCAGUGGGGCAAGGGUGCAGAUUGCAGCAGGUGGCGGGGUGGGCAGUUAGGGCCAGUCAAUCUUUCUUACUUAGUCAUUUGUUAAGUUGGUUUGCAAUUGAAAUAAAUCUUCCGGUUAUCUUUUGUUUCUGAA